AUGAAGAGGAGGCCGUCGAUACCCAAGUAUAUGCAGAAAUCGAUCGUGGAGGACACAGUGUUGAUGAACGUUGUUCAGAGGUACUUCAAGCUUGCAGGGGUGGCUUCUGUGGUCUGGCUGGUCGGCUAUUUCGACUAUUCCGUCAGCUGGCUGUGGCUGUUUCUUGUGGUUUAUGUGUGGAAGGAGAAACAUUACCGUGCCAGGAAGUACAGGAAACUUGUUGCACGAGAUAUUGCUAGAGAUGAGAAGGAAGUUAUUUUAGCUAGAGUUGACGAUCUGCCUUCUUGGGUAAAUUUCCCAGAUGUUGAGAGAGCAGAAUGGGUGAACAAGAUCCUACGUCAGAUGUGGCCGUACAUUGGGGAGAUGGUGGAAAAAAUUCUCAGGGAAAGUGUGGAGAAGUCCAUCGUUCAGAGCCUUCCCACCUCUCUACAGUCUUUCAAGUUCAGCAGGAUAGAUCUCGGCAACACUCCUCCUCGUAUCGGAGGGGUCAAGGUCUACACACAGGUCAAACGAGACGAGAUAUAUAUGGACCUUGAACUUAACUACAGUGGCGACUCCAACAUUGAAGUCACAAUCAAAGGCAUGGCUGCAGGAAUAAAAAAUCUCAGACUCCAUGGCACCCUGCGUGUUGUCUUCAGACCUCUGAUCAACAGGAUCCCACUGAUUGGAGGAAUGCUGGUCUUCUUCCUCAACAACCCAGAUUUGGACUUUGAUUUCACAAGUCUGGCUAAUGCUCUUGAGUUUCCAGGACUCAGUGACAUUCUGUAUGCCAGCAUCCAGGAACAGAUAUCUAACUUCAUGGUGCUGCCGAACCGUUUCCCUAUCAAGAUGGUGGAGGGUCUGGACCUGAACAAGCUGCGCUACCCGCAGCCACAAGGCGUGGUCAGGAUUAAAGUGGUGGAAGCCAAGGACUUGAUCCAGGCAGAUAUUGGUCUCACAGGAAUGGGCAAGUCGGAUCCCUACUGCAAGAUCAGAGUAGGAGCCAAGCAGGUGAAAACCAAAGUUGUGCACAAUUCCUUGUGUCCUGUCUGGGAUGAGACAUUUGAGCUGAUUGUAGACUCUGCUGAUGGACAGCUGCUGUAUAUCGAUGUCUUUGAUGAGGACCCCGGGCUGAUGCACGAUGAUCUAGGCAGCAUCAGUCUGGAUUUGUCGCAGCUCAAGGAGUCCGGCUUUGAGGAUGAGUGGUUUCCGCUGGAGGAUGUUAAAAGUGGUAUGAUCCACGUCCAGUUAACUUGGCUUUGGUUGGCCAAUCAGGCAAAUGAAUUGGAUCGGGUGAUCGAGGAUCUCAUUGAUGAGGACAUUGUUCAUGUUGCCAUUCUGUUGCUCUACCUGGACUCAGCCAAGAACCUGCCGGUUGCCGUCGUGUCUCCCAAAAAGUGCUCACUAGCAUACUGUAGAGGCAAGAAGUCCAUGAGUGAGCCGUCUGCCCGUGUGGUGAUGACUGUGGGCCAGCAGGUGGAGGAGAGCAUGGUCAGGUACACCACCAGCGAACCCCGAUGGGAGCAGAACUUUCGCUUCAUGCUGCACAACCCUAACUACCAGAACCUAGAUGUGGAGGUUGUGGAUGCCAAGACCAAGAAACUGAUUGGCCACACAGUGAUCAAGUUGAAACAGUUACUGGUUGCCGAGGACAUGGUCAUGGACCAGAAGUUUCGCAUGAAGACCAGCAACCCAGAUAGUUUUCUACAAAUGAGGCUGUGUCUACGAAUACUGACUCCAAAUUUCAACCCUGAUUAUAUCGACGGACUGGAAGAGCUAAUAAAAGAAACUGCUGCUUUGGGAACAGCCGUGGAUUCACUGACUAGAAUAGAUGCACUAGAUUUGCGCAGCCACCAUCCAUGUCUACCUCCACCUGAUCCGGAGGGCUACGGGACUCCAGUCGAUGGAUUGUGCAUUAACAGAACCAUAUCAGCAACACAACAGACGGAUAGUCCCAAG